CAUUACACUCAAGGCAAGAUACGGAGGAACAGCAUGGAAGAGCCACCUAAUUGUAGGAUUAUUCUGGUGGGCAAAACUGGAGCAGGAAAGAGUUCAGCAGGAAACACCAUCCUGGGUCAAGAGCAUUUUGUGAAGGAUGUUUCACCACAGUCAGUUACUAGAACCUGUGGGAGAGGAGAAGCACAGAUGGAUAACCGGGUCAUCUCAGUCAUCGACACUCCAGGCCUGUUUGAUACGUCAAUCAGUGAAGAACAACUGAAGAAUGAAUUAGUGAGAUGUAUAGAAAUGUCUGUUCCUGGUCCUCAUGCGUUUCUCCUGGUCAUCAGUCUGGGUGUGAGAUUUACAGAAGAGGAGAGAAACACAGUGACAUGGAUUCAGAACAACUUUGGAGAAGAUGCUGCACAUCACACCAUCGUUCUGUUCACUCACGCUGAUCAGCUGAGGGGAAAACCAUUAGAUGAGUAUAUCAGUGAAAGCAAUGCUCUACAGGCUGUUGUUAAUGAAUGUGGUGGAAGAUUUCACUCAUUCAACAAUGAAGACAUGGGGAACCGCUAUCAGGUCACUGAUUUGCUGAAUGAGAUUGAUGAAAUGGUAAGAAUCAAUGGAGGACAGCACUACACUAAUGAGAUGUAUGAACUAGCUCAAAACAAGAUUAGAUGGGAGGCUUUUAAACAAACACUGAAAAAAGUAGUAAAAGAAGGAGCAAAAUUAGCAGUAACUGCAUUAGCAGUAGCAGCCAGCGGAGAAGAAGGAGGAGCAGGAGCAUUAGUUGCAGGAGGAGCAGCAGCAACAACAACAACAGGAGGAGCAGCAGCUGUAGCUGCAGCAGCAGCAGGAGCAGCAGGAGGAGCAGCAAACACAGCAACAGCAGCAGUACUAACAGGAAGAGCUGCAAUAUUUACAGCAGCAGGAGGAGCUGCAUUUUUUGUUUUAAGAGGAAUAGGAAAAGGAGUACUAACAGCUGCAAGACUAGCUGGAGGACCAGCAGCAACAGCAGUAAGAGGAGCAGCAACAUUAGCAUCAAAAUUUAGACCAUAA